GGGUCUAGUAGCUGGUCAGGAAUUUGUUGUCGUUCUCAGAGUGUCUAACCAGGAAGGGUUGAGCCCUCCUGUCGUUCUGAGCGCCUUCACUCUCAACGACAACGCACAGACAGUCAUCAGGCUGCCGACUGAGCAAGGUACACGAAGUGGCAGCAGCGGCACUGAUGGCAGGGCGGCAGGAGGCAGCGAAUGGCAGGUGCCCCUGUCACCGGUGUUGUGGUAGGGGCGGCGGCGGCGGUGGUGGUAGUGGUGGUAGUGGUGGUGGUGGUGGUGGUGAUGUUGGUGGUGAGGUAUCGACGGAGAGAGUCUGGACCAGGAGAGAUCAGAGUGCCAGAGGAGAGAAUACUGAUGCAGGCUGCCACCACUCCUGACACCGUCUCUGCCCACACCACAGUUUUUCAGACUCUUGAAGUGAAUGUGGGCAUGACAACAGUGGCAGGAAGUUCGUGUUGCUCACCAGAGGACGUAACGAGGCCUACUGACUGGUGCUCUGAGAGUGUGAUGGCACUCUCUGUUCCCAGCCUCUCCUGACACAGUCACAGAGAGACGCAGGUGCCACUGCCCACUCGUACAUCAACCCCAGUGUGUUCCGACACCCUCAGACACCCCUAGCUUUAUUUCCUGACACCCUGAGAGAGAGAGCAUCCAUGAGUGCUACCAACUCUUACAUGACCCCUGCUGUCUCUUGACACCGUCAGGUGUGACCUUCCACACUUACACUGCCCACAGUGCGAUCUGACACCAUGAGAGAGAAUUCCAAAGAAAAUCUUACAUACAUGCACUUCCCAAAGUGUACUCUGACACCAUAAUAGGCUCCUAAACGCUACCCUGAGCCUGUCUUUACACAUGCGAGGAACACGAAGGGCGGAGCAACACACACACACACACCGUGGGAGGGGCAGAGAGUACAAACACCUGGUGUGUGAGUGUGUGGCCACCUAGAGUACAACAUUGUAAUUACAAUAUGUUCU